AUGAUAACCAAUACAAAAAAUAAUUAUGGAAGAUCUAUCAAUGUUAGUGGUAGUGACACAGCAGCAGAUAACAAUAAUCAAGAAGAAAAAAAUAUAUUUGAAAGAUGUUUAAAAAUUGACGAAGAUGAUUUAGAUUAUGAAGAGGAUAAACCACAAAGCCACAAUCAAAACAAAUAUAAAGAAUUAGUUCAUAAAAAUAGAAAUCACACAAAUGACAAAAAUAAUAAGAAUCAACAAAAUAACAAUAGCAAUAUUAAUAACGAUAUCGUAACAGGGCCUGAUAAAGUAUUUUUUUUCAUAUCAAAUGUAUUUUUAGUUGUACCCGCAUUACUGUUUAUAAUUAUAUUGGUCCCAAUAAGCUCAGAAAUUUCAAGUGCUUUAGAAAAAUUCAAUUAUGUUGUAUCCAUUUUCUUUUUAUUUUUUACUUUGUAUUAUUUAUAUUUGGCUGGAUUUAUUGAUCCAGGAAUUCUCCCAAAGGGGGCAGUGACACACCAAUCAUCAAACAAUCAAUCAAAAACAACCUUGUCAUCAUUUACUCAAAAACAACCUCAAUUACAACCACACCAACAGCAAAAACAAUCAUUAAGUCCUCAAAAUGAGGGUAGUAAAUUAAAACAGUUUCUAACAAGACAGAGAGAAUUAGAAUCAAAAAGAGAUAUUAACUAUAGUAAAUUUAAUAAUUUAAGAGAAUCAAUGGAGGAGGGCACUUAUAGACAGCACGAAAAUCAAACAGAGGAAUACCCAGAGGAAGAAGACGAGGUGGAGGUAGAAAGAGAAAGAAAAGUAAACGAUAAUGAAAAAUAUCAAAAAGACGAAAAACUAUAUCAGGAAAUUAUAAUUAAAGAUUAUUUUAAAUUAAAAUUAAAAUAUUGUGAAACCUGUGAUAUAUUUAGACCACCAAGAUCAUUUCAUUGUUCAACUUGUAAUAACUGCGUUCAAAAUUUUGAUCAUCAUUGUGUAUGGAUUGGUAAUUGUAUUGGUCAAAGAAAUUACAAAUAUUUUUUAUUUUUUAUUUUUUCAACAUUAAUUUAUUCAACUUAUAUUUGCGUAAUGUCAAUAGUAUUUAUUGUUCACCAUGUAAAUAGUUUUAUUAGUAAUAAUAGUAAUAAUGGCGGUAGUGAUGGUAAUAAUAGCAGUGGUAGCAGUUUAAAUAGUGACAGUAUCAGUAAUAGCAGUAAUAACCUUAAUGAAAGAUUCGAAAAAUCUUUAGAUAAUAUUUUAUUAAGCCUCCAUACAAAAGUGGGUGUAGUAUUGGGAUUGCUUUUAUUAAGUAGUUAUCAUGCUCAAUUAGUUUUAGCUAACAAAUCCACAAUGGAAGAUUAUAAAAAACACUUUGAAAAUCAAGCAAACCCUUUUGAUAAAGGAAAGCUAAAUAAUAUUUUAGAGCGAUUGUUCUUAUCAAAGAAAAUUUCAUUUUUAAUAAAACAUUAA